UUUUAAUUAGGGAAAAAUAUUUAAUUUUACUAUUUAACACACGUAAAAUAUUAAAAAAAUGAUCCUUUUGGAGGAAUUAAACAAAUUAAAUUUAGAUUGUCUUAACGAUGAAUGGGUUCAAUCUGUUUGCGACUCUGAAUUUUUUGAAUUUGGUGAAUUACCAUCUGAAUAUGAAAAUGCCACCGAAUCUCAUGAAAUUCGAUCGGUGUUUCGGAGCAUAAUGUUGGCUUUCGAUGAUUGGAUGUGUACGGAAGAAAAUAGCACUGAAAACACUUCAUGGGCCACUCUGUCACAUCAAGUGAAACACCAGCACCUUUUGGCCCUAUUAGGAUAUUACAUUGACUAUGGCAACAAAAAUAUCCUAACAACAGAAUGUAGAAAUAAUGCGUUAUGGGCUUCCAGGCUAUAUUAUAAACUUCUGUCUGUUCCUGGACACAAAGCAUAUCACAUAUAUCAUUCACAGCUUUUUGCCCAUUCUCUUGCUUGCCUAAGUUAUCCAAAGACAGUUUGUGAAAAUGAAGACAAUUUCUUUAACACAAAACAAUUGGCGAGAGAAGUGAAUUCAAUUUUAAAAGAAUUGAGUGAAUUUGUUUAUGAUUUGAAACAUGUAAUAGAAAAACUCCAACUUAGUCCUCAUGAUAUGAAUUUUGAAGACAUUCUCAGUAAUUUAGUUGAUAUUACUGGUGGAGCUAUUGUUAACAAACUGAAUAUAGAUAAGAUAGAGCUCAAUAAUCUAUCUCGAGUUGUAUAUGAAGUUAUAGACUUCCUUUUGCACAACUCAAAUGGAGAACCAAGCUCCCUUGCAAUUAAAUUGCUUUUUAAAUCUAUACUACAAAAGUUAGUUGCUGCAUCUAUGGAUUAUAAACAGGCACAUAAUAUAGUAAGAGCAUCAUAUGUGACAUAUUCUGGUCUCAUCCUGAGUAAAUAUGGUAAAAUAGCACUCUCAAGCUAUGUUGUGCUUUUGCAACAUUUAGCUUAUUCUUUGGAAGGCUUGGAAAAAGCUGAAGUACGUCAGACUCGAAUUUCGCUUGUAGCUGGUCUAAUGAGCCUUUUACCGAAAAGAUCAUAUUGCAAUAUAGUAAAAUGGUUACUAAAAUUAAGUGCAACAUCAAAAAUACUUCACCGCCAAAUUGCUAUGGAAAUCUUAGCACAGCUUGUACCAAAUGAUCCUGAAGAAUCUACUGAUUCUGGGAAUGAAAGUAGAAAAACAUCAACAGAAGAUAACAAUGAAGUGAUGGACACAAAUAGUGAACAGCAAAGUGUUGAUGGUGAAAAGGAAAGUGGUAACCAAUUAAAAGUGGCCAUAGAGGAUGAUAGUAGCCAGUCACAAACAUCAUCACAAGAAAACCAAGAACUAGAAGCAAUGGACGAAGAUAUAUCGGGUUUAUUGAACCAACGUCGCCAUUGCGUACCGCACGCAGACAUAGUGCGUGCUAUAUUCGAGCGAGUUAACGACGUGUCGAGCACAUUGCGAUCACGUGCUCUAGUUCUACUUACUGAUUUUCUCGACUCCCACCAUGCUCCUGUUAAUGAAGCUAUGAAAGAAUUAAGUGGAGAUGGGGAGCAAUGUCGUAUAGCAGAAGUGGGGGCACGUUGUGCAGCGGACGAACGAGCCGUAGUACGUAAGGCGGCUGUCGCACUUUUACACCGUCUGCUCGUUCGAAAUGAACACGCUUCCCACUAUGCGACUCUAGUGUCUCUAUGUCGUGAUGCAAGUAUAAUAGUGCGAGGAGCUGCGGUCAAUGCCCUCGCUGACGUGGCUUUAAACAAUCCUUCGGAGAUAUCAUUGAAUGCAUUUCUGGCCGGACCCAUUCAUCAACUCUCAGAUCCCGAGGCUAAGAUACAAGAGCAAGUAAUUAACCUGGUCCAAUCAGUUCUUAUUACGCCGAUGCAGAAAUUUGAUCCGAAUGUUACCGUGGAUUCUCUACCAUGGCUGUUCCUAGCGGGUAUCACACGAUUGAACAUGAGGAAGCAUUUGCAGAAAGCCUGUACGCUGCUCGUGAAAUCGGCAAACUGUAUAAAUCACCGUCUUGUGGACAUAGUGAGUACGCAUUUAGGUGCAUUGAACGACGCUCGCGAUCUACAGAGCUUAGUCCUACUCACGAGUAUGGCCAGACACGUUGAAUACACUGAGGUGUCCUUUUUGCUAGAAUAUUAUUACAAAUUGGCGGAUGAUGUUCAGGAGCGAGAUAAUCGUUUGAUGCCUCUGACUUUAGAGCUAAUAUCACUUUGGUCGCGUUAUGCGAGCGACUCGGAGAGACAAACCUUACGAGAGCAUCUUAUAUCACGUCUCGCAUCGGCAUUAGACAACGAUUGUAGACCAGCAAGCGCCUCUUUGGCCGCCAAUUUAGACCCUACCAAUCUACAGUGGGCUACGGAUUUGAUGAAAUUAUCGGAACGUAGAGCGUUGUCCGAGGGUGGUAGUGACGUGGCGGAGUGGGUCCGAGCGGCUGAUCUCUCGUUGGUGGCUCCAGACCCACCAUCUCCACAACUUUUGGAACUAUUCCUGAACGCUUUGGAACACCCUCCACCUGAGUGGGAUGACGCACGUCGCGGUGCGUGCGUGGCGGGCGUGGGGCGGAUAUGCGUGCGGUCGCGUGUGGCGGCCGUAGUCGCGGCGCCUAAAAUGGCGCUUCUGCUACAAGACAACACCGCGCCCUUGUGUGCACGCCUUAACGCACUGCUAGCGCUCACUGAUGUUUGUACUAGAUACACCUGCAUAGUGGACCCGUUGUUGGAGUCAAUGUGCGGUUGCCUGGCACACGAAGCUCCCGGUGCUUUACGCCGAGCGGCCGCUAGAGCACUCACUAAAUUAUUGUUAGCUGGAUAUCUACGAUUGAGGACUCCGCUAUAUUAUCGAUAUUGCGCACUCCUCGCUGACGAAGACCUUGAAGUCCGUGAGCCAGCUGAGUACUUCGUGACGAGCUGUCUCACUGUGGAAGUCAUAUACCACCAUUUUGUGGAUUGCGUGCUUUAUUUCAAUAAAGAAGACGGAGACAAGAUGUCGUUCGACGCGCGGCAGCUGAUCUACGACGUGAUGCUGCAGCGCAUGUCGGCGGUGCAGCGGCUCAACGUGCAGUGCCGGCUGGCGCGCGAGGUGCUGCAGCACGCGGCGGACGUGGCCGACGAGAUCGCCGACACGGACGAGCUGCCGCACCGCCUGAGCGCCGCGCUGCUCGACACCAUCACGCUGCUGUGCGGCCCGCGCAUGAAGCUGCCCAAGAAAGCAGAGAAGGCCGGUGAUGCUGACAUUGAAGAUCUUCAGGAAAGAGUCACAACCAAUAUUGUAUCGCAUAAAAUGAAGCGCACAGUCGCUGAGGUGUUGGUGCCGGCGGUGAUGCGUCUCUACGCACGUCUGCGCUCGCGCGGCGGACAACUCGCUGCGUACAUCGUGCGCAUCGCUACCGACCUGCACAACGAUUAUAGACAAGAGAUCGAGGAGCUAAUCCAAGACGACGAAGAACUGGUGGAGCGUGUACGUCACUUCCAAGAGACAAUCGGUCUAGAAGUGAGUUCCGGUAACGCGCGUAACCUCGUCACUGCGUCCGCGCCGCCCGACCCCGACACACCGCGCGCACGUAAACGGCCCCCGCGUACACCAAGACACUAUGCACAUUCGCCAAAGAAACGGGCACUUAAAAUAUAAGGACAUUAAUGAAAAUAUAUAUGGACAACACAUCGUCUCUGCUGUAUACAUGUUUACUAUGUUGCGAAGGACCGAGAUCAAAGAGCUAUUCAAAUUACUGGUAUUGGUCAAUGGCAAAGUUUCAAGAUCAAUUUAAUUUCGAGUUAGAUAAGAAAAGAUAGAGAUGGAGUAUGAAAC